UCGUAUACCCAAGUGUCUGUUAAAUCAACGUCUCUUAUAAAAGGCUUCAAAUGUAAUUCAACUAAGUGGAACCGAACUAAGCGGUACUAUUUAUCCUUCAGGAGCUGUCAAGUACCCAUACGAAGGAGCGGACAUGGUAGAGAGGUGCCAUGAUGUGGUGCUGUCAACAAUGUCUCUUGCUAAAAGGAGGAACUGCACAAUUGGUGGCAUAAAGGGACCAUCUCCUCUUGCCAAGCUGACAUCGUUGGAUUUAGUCUGGGGUUUACCUCCAGACUACAUGCAUUGUGUUCUUGAAGGAGUCACCCAGCAGAUCACGGAACUUUGGCUGACCUCCACUGGCAAAGCCUUCUACAUUGGGAACAGAAUUGCGGAGCUCAAUGAGCGCAUCAAGAAGGUUUGCCCACCAAUUUCUUUCACCAGGCUGCCAAGGCCACUUUCAGAAAGGGCCUUUUGGAAGGCAAAUGAAUGGAAAUUCUGGCUUUUGUAUUACAGUGUCCCAUGUCUUGAUGGCAUUCUUCCACCGAGGUACAUCAGGCAUUUCAUGUUGCUUUCUGAAAGUGUCUUCAUGCUGCUGAAGGAAACUGUCGAGGAGUCCGAGACCUUUAUUGCUCAGAGAUUGUUGCAGGGGUUUGUUCAGGAGGUUUCCGUACUGUAUGGUGCAGCCGCUCAGACUUUCAAUGUCCAUCAGCUUCUUCAUUUGGCGAAAUCUGUUAGGAUGACUGGACCACUGUGGGCCACUUCGACAUUUCCAUUUGAAGGAGGCAAUGGAGAGAUCUUGAAGUUAGUGUCCGCAGCAAAAGGUGUGCCUAGGCAGAUAACUGAACGUAUAGUUAUGCACGGGGUGAUGCAGUCUCUUAAACGCCUUGUGACUCUGCCACCUUAUUUGAAAAAGCAGCAGGCAAUAAUUUCUGGAAAGAGCACUGAGCAGAGCCAGACCUGUGUGUUAGGUGCUCCUCUGCCUCUGUGUGUUUUGGAGGAGAAUGUCCAAGCACUAAUAACAGAAGCGGUUGGUGCAGGUGUAACCGUCGGAGAAUAUUUCAGGGCUCGUGUCAGAGGCAUCGUAUUGCACAGUGUGAAAUACACGCGUGCCGAAAAAACAUGUUCUAGUUAUUUUGAAGACCACAGUGGGAAUGUUUUUCAGGUUCAGGGUGUCUUUGCCGCAGGGGCAAUGAUAUUAUUGUUAUGCCAGGAAGUUAUUCGUGAGCAGUAUUUUUUACCUUUCAUGUACAGCAUCGAGCAUCUGCCAAUAAAGUUGACGGGAGCGUUCGGGCAACAGGUGACCGCUGAGUUGGCUUACGUGCCGCUCAUAGCUACUGAAGGAAAUCCUUACGUGAUGUCCGAGGCGGUGCAGUCUGCCGUGCUUUGUGCAAUCACAGAUAAGCUGCUAGACGGCACGGACGCGCUGAUCACGCCCAACGAUUACGCACAACUUCUCGAGGAAAGGGUUAAGCGUGACAUAGUGUCAGACGAGUGUUCAGCAGUCGAGGAGACCGAAGCCAUGGUAGAGCUGUCAGAGGAGGCACUCGAGGAGCAACGGGCGAUUGUGGGCGUCAUAACCGCGGAGAGCAACAGCGAAGGUUCCGAGCCGGUCAAAAGCAAACGACAGGAGUUUCGUGAGGCUCAGGAAGCAGACCCGGCUUUGCGAGACGCUUGGGCGCAGGCAAAGGCCGGAACGCAUGAUAUUUUCUCAACAUGGGGUGCCAGAGACAAUUUGCUCAGAUCAGGGCACCAACUUUACGUCAAGGUUGACACAGGAGAUGUUGCAAAGACUGGGGGCAACACCGAGGUUUUCCACAACUGA